GACGAGUUCACGGAAGUGGUCGGGCGCUUGGGUGAGGAGGCUGCGAUGCAAGCGCUGAAGAAUCAAGGCUUUGAUGUGAUCUGGGCCAAUGGAGUGAACGAGACAGGCCUGCCCUUCGACCUCCUCGUCCGCCCUGCGGGUGGUCGUUUGCCCUGGCCACCAGCACUGGCAGCCCUGUCGCAGCACAAAGGCGCGCAGCCCAAGGCGCAUUCCCUGCGAGAGAUCGAGGCAGCAUUGGCGAGAUCACCGGAGGUGGCUGUGGUGGAGGUCAAGGCAAGCUUAGCCGCUGCACGAGGC